AUGUAUGCUUCUACUUUCUUUACUUCACCACUCCUCCAUGAGCUUCUUGUGGAAUCUCACACAAGAAGGUUACUCUUCCAAGGCGCAAUUGGUCAACAACCACUAGCCAACUCUCCUGUUCUAACACACAACCAUAAUUCAACCGACUCGUAUUUCGGAAUACGUGAAUUUGAUGCAAAUGUUGUGAUGAUACUUGCAGUCCUAUUAUGUGCUCUUAUUUGUUCACUUGCGUUAAACUGCAUCAUAAGGUGUGCUUUAAGGUUUUUAAACGCAGCCAUCAGCAAUAACGGCUCUUCUUCGAGUUCGAACAGCAACCCUUCACCUCAAUUGGCCAACAAAGGAAUCAAGAAGAAGACUCUCAAAACAUUCCCAACAGUGAGUUAUUCGACCGAGUUGAAACUACCAGGUUUGGAUACUGAGUGUGUGAUAUGUAUCUCAGAAUUCACAAAGGGUGAAAAGGUGCGCAUAUUACCUAAAUGCAACCAUGGUUUUCAUGUUGGUUGCAUUAACAAAUGGCUAAAGGAACACUCAUCAUGUCCCAAGUGUAGACAGUGCCUUCUUGAAACUUGUCCAAAGAUUGGUGGGUCGCAAGUGCAACCAAUUGUGUUGCCAAUACAAGAAAUUAUUAUACAGAUCCAACCACUAAAUCAUGAAGCUGUUGAACGUAACUAUAGGGAAGAAAGAAGAUAA